AUGAUAGAGAAAUCUUCAAAAUUACCUCCAGGGUAUAAACCAGGUAUUUUCAGAUCAUUCUUCUCUACCACCCCUUCACCUCAAUUACUUCAACAAACUACCAUAACCAAAUAUGAUCGCGCUAAUUUAUGUCUAUUAUUAACGUUAGGUUCAGCCAUUCGAUUAUAUAAAUUAUGGUUACCUUCAAGAAUUGUAUUUGAUGAGAUUCAUUUAGGCACAUUCUUAAAAUUCUAUUUCCAUGGAGAAUUCUUUCUCGAUGUUCAUCCUCCAUUAGUGAAAUUGAUUUAUUAUUGGUUAUCGAUAUUAUUCCAUUGGAAUGGACAAAUGGAAUUCAAUCGUAUAGGGGAAUUGUAUAAUCAAGAUAUCGAUCAUGAAUUUCCUUAUUUACCCCUUCGAUUAUUCUCCAGUUUAUGUGGAGUAGGGACGGUAUUGUUAACAUAUUUGAUUUUAAGAUAUAGUAAUUGUCGUUCUAUUGUGGCAUUAUUUGGUAGUGGAUUAGUAUUGAUUGAGAAUUCAUUGGUUACUCAUUCAAGAUUGAUCUUACUUGAUUCACCCUUCAUAUUCAGUUUAGCUCUAGUCAUAUAUGGAAUUAAACGAUCUCAAUUACAAUCUCCACUUCUGAAAGCUUGGUUUAAAAGUUUGAUUGUAAUAGGAAUGGGAUUGGGAUUAUCAUUAUCGAUUAAACUUGUGGCUAUUUUCACUUUCUUAUGGUGUGGGAUUUUAACUGUUCAACAACUUUGGCAACAAUUAGGAGAUUUGGAAAUCAGUACUAAGAAAUGGAGUUUCCAAAUCAUAUCUAAACUCGUUAUAUUCAUUGUAUUCCCCCUUGUGAUUUAUUGUUCAAUUUUUACAGUUCAUUUCGAAGCUUUACCAUUCAGUGGAGAAGGAGCAGGGAUAUUAUCUCCAUUUUUCAAAUCUAGUUUAACUGAUUUUGAAUAUCUUAAACAAAUGCCAGUAGAUGUAAGUUAUGGAAGUACCAUCACUAUCAAACAUGUUGGUACUGAAGCUUAUUUACAUUCUCAUAAUUUUACAUAUUUAAGUGGAAGUGGUGAACAACAAGUUUCAUUAUAUGAAUUCAUGCCUGAUAUCAAUAAUGAAUGGAUUAUAGAAAUUAAAAAUAAAAAUGUCGAGGGGAAAUUACAAAAACAAUUCAAGCCUAUUAAAGAUGGUGAUACGGUUAGAUUAUUUCAUAAAGCUACGGGAAGAUACUUACAUGUGAAUGAUGUUCGUCCUCCAGUUUCUGAACAUGAUUAUGCCAAUGAAGUAAGUUGUAAUAGUGAUAGAAAUCAAUUAGGAGAUGUUAAUUAUGAAUUUAAAAUUAGAAUUAUUGAUAGAUCUUUCAAUUCCGAAAAUGAAUUACCCUUGAGGAAAUUAAAAGCUACCCAAUCGAUUUUCCAAUUAGUUCAUGUCGGUACGAAAUGUGUUGUCAUGAGUCAUAUUACUAGAUUACCAGAAUGGGGAUUCGGACAAUAUGAAGUUUUAUGUGUCGAUGAACCAACUAUUCCAAAUACUCUUUGGUAUAUUGAAGAAAAUAGUCAUCCUAAAAUCGAUAAUGAUGAAAAUUAUCCUCGUAUAGCUUUCCCUCAAUAUAGUUUCUUUAGAAAGAUUUGGGAAUUACAUAAAUCUAUGAUUCGGAUAAAUCUGAGUUUUACAAGUCAUCAUCGUUAUUCAUCCAAACCUGAAACUUGGCCAUGGUUAUUAAGAGGAGUUAAUUAUUUUUCCAAUGAAGGGACUACGAAAUAUAUUGAUGAAAAUCCAUCCCAUAUUUAUUUCCUUGGUAAUAUGAUGAUUUAUUAUACGGCCAAUAUAAUCAUUUUAUUAACAUUUACAAAAUUAUUCAUUUAUACUAUAAAACAUUUAAAUCCAUUCCAUAUCCCAUUUGAAACCAUCAAUGUUUCAACUUAUUACGCCAACAGUUUUGAAUUCUUAUUAGGGUGGUUCAUUCAUUAUGCUCCAUUCUUUUAUAUGGAACGAGAGUUAUUCUUACAUCAUUACUUACCGGCGUUAUAUUUUUCAAUUUUAUUAUUGGCCCAAUUUAUAGAAUAUCAAAUUUCAAAACGGAAAUAUAUAGGGUAUGGGUUGAUGAUUAUUAUUGGGGUUGGUUCUAGUUAUUGUUUUUAUCAAUUCUUGCCUCUUAUCUAUGGUUUAGAUUGGUCAGUAUCGGAAUGUAAUCAAUCCAAAUGGUUUUCAAGUUGGGAUUUUGAUUGUAUGACUUAUGCAAAUUAA